CGGUGGCAGUGCCGAGCGGGGGAGCGAACGAGGGAGCGAGCGAGCGCGACAUGUUCCCGGCGGCCGCGGUCCUGGCGGCGGGCGGAGCCGGGCGCUGCUGAGGAGCCGAGCCCCUUGCGGCGGGAGGAGCCGGGCCGGGGCCGCCCGCGAUGCUGCUGGGCGCCGGGGCCGGGGCGGGGGCGGCGCUGCUGCUACCGCCGCCGCCGUCGCCGCUGCCGCUGCUGCUGCCGCUGCUGACAACGGCACUGCCCCCGCUGCCCCUGCUGCCCCUGCUCCUGCUGGGCCUCGGCGGCGCCGUCCCCGGGGCGGCCGCGGUCGCGGGGCUCGGGCUGCCCGAGAGCGUCAUCUGGGCCAUCAACGCGGGCGGAGAGGCGCAUGUGGACGUGCACGGGAUCCACUUCCGCAAGGACCCUCUGGAGGGCCGGGUGGGCCGAGCCUCUGACUAUGGGAUGAAACUUCCCAUCCUUCGUGCCAAUCCUGAAGACCAGAUCCUCUAUCAGACCGAGCGCUACAACGAGGAGACCUUUGGCUAUGAGGUGCCCAUCAAGGAGGAAGGGGAUUAUGUGCUUGUGUUGAAGUUUGCCGAGGUUUAUUUUGCACAAUCCCAGCAGAAGGUGUUUGAUGUCCGCUUAAAUGGUCAUGUGGUUGUGAAGGACCUGGACAUCUUUGACCGAGUGGGUCACAGCACAGCUCAUGAUGAAAUUAUCCCCAUUAGCAUCAAGAAGGGAAAGCUGAGUGUGCAGGGGGAAGUGUCCACCUUCACUGGGAAGCUCCACAUCGAGUUUGUCAAGGGUUACUAUGACAAUCCCAAAGUCUGUGCACUAUAUAUCAUGGCUGGGACCAUAGAUGAGGUGCCAAAGCUGCAGCCUCACCCGGGCCUGGAGAAGAAGGAGGAGGAGGAAGAGGAGGAGGAGUACGAGGAAGGCUCCAAUGCCAAGAGGCAGUCCAAUAAGAACCGGGUCCAGUCGGGCCCCCGAACUCCCAACCCCUACGCCUCGGACAACAGCAGCCUCAUGUUCCCCAUCUUGGUGGCCUUCGGCGUCUUCAUUCCCACCCUCUUCUGCCUCUGCCGGCUGUGAGGACCCAGGGCCGUCCUGGGGGGGAGGGAGAAGGACGAGACCGAACGUGCUUGGCUUGGGUUUCUUCACGUUUUUCACAAUUUAUUAACAACCAACGUUUUUAAAGAGGCAGAAGGAGGAGAGAGUGCACUAGCCCAGCCCAGUCGGGGCCUCGUUUCACUCCCCUCGCUUUCUUCAUGGCUGGCAUCCAGUGGCUGCCUUCCUCUCCAGGGUACUUGGGGUGAAAUCGGACCCUUCUAAGGAGCUAGAGGCUGAUCCCUGGGGACUCCAAUCUGGGUCCCUUGGGAAAGGGCUUGGGCCCAGAGCACAAAAUACUGUUCCCUUUUAAGAUGGAAUAUUAGGAGAACCAGGAAUAGGACAUGGAUUACCCGAGGGGCCGUCGCCGGCAAUGAGGUGUGGGCCAAAGGAGGUUCGACAUAGGAUCGGCGGAGGGGAGGGCUGGUCUUGGCCUAACUUUGUGUGUAGAAGGGAGGGGCAGAGAGUCUGACGGAGGCCUGGUGGGCUGGUCUCCAGAUGAAAGUUCUGUCUUAAAAAGUGUGAACCACAAGGUGGGACUCCUUGGCCAGUGAGAGGAGCUGGUCUGGGCAGCCACAGAGCAGCCGCUUUAUUUACCUCCUGUCCCAAAACUGCCUUUUUGGCUUUUGUCACCACAAAAUACAUUUUGCUUUUAGUGCCUGGCGGGGACUUGAUUUGCUUUCCCCCCCACCCCCCACCCCCUUUAUGCUACUCACUUGAAAUUUCUUUCCCUCUCAACCUCUUUGGUGGGUGAUCUCUUCAGGGAGAUGGGAGCCUGGGGACCCCUCCUCUGGUACUCAUUGGAGUGGCCACACACAGGACUUGACUUGUCUGACAGCCCAUCUGGACUUGGAAUUGAAAAUCGGUUUGUGUUGUCCAGUAAAAUGAGCAAUGAGAGGGAGACCGUGGCCCUGCUCGGUGACUCCCACUUGGGUCCAGCCAGGCCUCCCUGGUUUGGGAAUCCUUCCCAGGAGCAGCGAGCCCCUGGGGCUCCCUGUGGGUUCUCCUUCCUAGAUGACCAGGGCUAUUUGGCACUCAAUGCCUGCUGCAGAGGUGUGUGUCAUGUGGUUCUGUACCCAAGGGUCAUGGCUGUUCAACCAGUUACUUCCUGCUCAUUGACCUAGAAUUGCCCCCAAGACACUUAACUGCCUGGUUGCACCUUUUGAUGUGGCCCAGGCCUUCGCCGCAGUCACUGGGGCUCUUCUCAUCUGCCCCCUGCCCUGCCCUGCCCUGCCUGACAGCAAUAAUUUGGCCAUCCUAGGGGGCAGGGGCUGGGAGCAUUCCAAUCACGGGAGUCCUGGCAGCCGCGUCUUCCUUCCCGUGCAGUGUUGGGAUCUCUGGGAAAUGAAAUACCUUUGUUGGAUUUCCCCACUGACAAGUGGAGAUGGCUUGAGGCAGGGCUCGGGUGGGCUUGGGGAGGGUGGGGGAGAGCCUGUGGGAUCCGUCCUCGGCAGCUUGGCUUCUUCAGGGUUUUUGUUCUCUCUUUAGAGCUGAAGUUUGUGACCAGGUCUGGCCCUUGAUGCCCAGUUACCUGGUUAGCCUCCAGAGCUAAGAUGAUCUCUAGUGCCAGUGAUGGCACUUGGGCAGUGGGACUGAGAAUGGUCAGAGGCUCCAGGGAGCUCAUCUUCUAGCAGACCUUUGGCUCUGGGCACUCAAACGGCCCUUGAAAGCUCUCCAGGGGAGGACCGGACCUCAUCUGCCCUGAGUUAGCAGCUGUGCCCUCUCGGUCAGAGCCACCAGCAACUUUGGGAUGUUUCUAAUCAGGGAGAGAAGAUGUGGAGAGUGGGCCUGUGGGCUUGCAUUUGGCCUUGUUUUGUUCAUGGAUCAGCAAGAUUUUCUUCCCUGCCCUUUUUUGCAGUGACCAAGAGUUUUAGCUAGAAAUCCUGGGUCCUGUGACCAUUUUAUAACGGUACAACCCCCCCCCCCCAGGUUUCCUCCGGUCUUGGUUCCCAGACUGGCCCUUUCUCCUGGAACUAGGCAGGAGGAAAUUUUUCUUUCUAGUUGUGCUCAGAGGAAGAAACACCUUUCCAUGAUCUAACAAGUCUGAAGGGGAAGGAAGGGAACAGGAAACAAUGUGGGUGGGGAUGGGGGGGGGAAUCCCCUUGGGCCUAACCCGGUGCACAGGCGGGAGUUCCCCCCUUUGCCCAGGCCUGGCUAUAGCCUUCCCCUUCUCCAAAGCCUGCUCUACCCUAACAAAUAGAGGUACCUGAUGUUUUUGCUUAGGGGAUGGGGGCUCUUGGUUAUUAUUAUUAUUGUUAUUAUUUUGUAUUGUCUAUAUUGGAAAUGACUCUGUUAAGCGAUUGCCUCCUGCCAUUGCCACCUUACACUCUGGGCUGGUCCAGGAGCGGCCUGAAGUCAUCCAACCCCUGGGUCCCCACCGCUUCUGCUCCCAUGCCUUGGCUCACCUGAGGCAGGAGAACUGCCAGACGGCGUAUGGUGCUUGGCAGAGGUGAGGGUGCUCACUCACAUCGCUUGUGUGGGAGGGGUGGCAUGGGGCAUGGAUGGAUGGAUGGAUGGAUGGAUGAACGGACAGAUGGACAGGCAGGUGGUCCUGUGUGGGAGGGAGGGAGGGCAGGAGGAAGAGGGCUCAGAUUUUGCUCUGGGUUUCAGGCAAGGCUAAAACUGUGGCCCUGUACUAGAGGAACGGGUUGGGCAGAUGUUUCCUUGAGCCAAAGGCAGGGCAGCUCUGGUCAAAAAACAGAAACAAAACCUCCUUUUUCCCAUGGUCCUAAUGUCAAGGAGAAGAGCUGCACUGUGGGGGUCCCGAUUUGACAUUCUGGCAUCUCUGCUUGGUUUUUUCCUAAAUUGCCAUUGGCCGGCGUCACUGGGAUUGGUGUUGAAUGUCCAUAAUCAGUAAAUGCCCCUCACUUCCAGAGUCUCCCAUCUUGUUCUCGUCUCCAUCACUCACCCAAGGGACCUGGGGGCUUGGCUUUGGCACCUGCGUUACCUCGUGCACCCCGCUCCCUUCUGGGCGGCGCCUGGGAGCACUUGUUAGAUCUUUGAAGUGUUGUUUUUUCUGUUUCCGGUUGAUUUCCAAGCUUUUUGGAGAAGCUUCUGUUUUAAGGAAUUUCUCCUCUCCUCCUCCCUCCAUGCAGUUCCUUCAUUGUCUGGGAAGUCGUGGUGUCUCCAGAACCUCAGCCAAACUUCAGACGCAUUGGCAGUGCUCGUGAUUGUCCAGCCAGCUCUUACAUAUGUUUGCUUCCAAACCUAUUCACCUUGGGGAGUCCAGGGAAGGAAUAGAGCAGGUUUUCUGUCCUCCUUCGGGAAGAGGCAGAGUCGGUCCCGGGGGCCUGGGAGGGCCCCAGUCAGCACAGUGCCUUUUUACUCUUUUCUCUCAAACUGUCUCUCUCUCUGACCUUUGUUUGGUUUUGUUUUUAAACCUGUUGUGAGCCUUGGUAGAUGCUCUCUCUCUAGAUUCAGGUCUGGGCCAGGGGCUGUCCCUUCCUGCAUGCCCCUACCGCACCCUAUUCCCCUGCAAUAAAAAAGGUUUGUUUGUCAAA